AUGAAGCUGAAAGCAGGAGUGGUUCUUCAUUAUUUGUUCCUGGAUAAUGCUUACUGUCUGAUGUCAAUAAAAAAUGCCAAGAUUUUAGUGGAGUAUUUCAAGAUGCUGGAUGUCCACAACAAGAGCUCCCUUAAUGAUAUCCAGUUUUAUCAUUUUCUCCACUAUACAACGGAUCUGUCAGACAAGGACAUCAUGUUGAUCUUUGACAUGCUGGACUGGAAUGCCAGUGGAGAGACGGGAUUUGAGGAGUUUUACAUGCUAGUCUGCAUCCUGCUUGCUAAUCAGAACAACGUUGAGAAGCAGUUCAUCUCGCGCCACUCCCGUCCAGUGUUUGAGCUCAUCGACAUGGACGGGGGACACACCAUCAGCCCUGCCGAGUUCCAGGCCUCAGGAUUCCUCUUCAACCUCAAAGGACACGCUCUCAACCAGAUCUCCUAUGACUUUGACGUCUCGGGGGACGAGAACCUGAGCUACAAGGAGUUUAAGAUGUUCGCCAUGGCUUGCAUUGACAAGCAAGAGCAGACAAAGAGGGAGAAAAAGAAAAAAAGAAAGAGAAAAGCACACUGAGGAGCCUGGGAGCACAUCUAGUGAACAGGGCUAACACAUAAGAGACAAGCCACAAACCUGCCCCCGCCAGAACAAAGAGUUUGGAGGAGGAUACAUUAGCCCAACCAGUCUGGUUAAUGAAAUACAGAUUACAAAUGACAUCUCGGUAGAUUUUAUAUAAGCACAUGCAGAGCUUUAAUAAACAACCAGAUGUUUCUGAUAUUUCUGAUAAAAGAUCUUAUAUUUUACUUUUUUGUGCUUCAAAAUAUCUCCAGUGAGUCUGUGUGUGUGUGUGUGUGUGUGUUUAAACACACUUAUGCUACUUAAUACAAUGAAUACCUAUGACAGGGGUGCAUUUGGAAAAAACAAAAACAAACAAAAGAAAAACCUUUGGGUAAGGAAACCUGCUAAUCUUUAAGGUAUCAGUCUCAACACAAUUGCCUGUCUGAUAGAUAAUUAUUAUUACUAUUAUUUUUUAAAAGAAAACA